AGUAUAUUAUUGGCACCCAAAAGUAGCAUACGGACUGAGUGAAAACUUGAAAGCACUGUCCGUAGUAGUAUUUGGUAUAUAUUUUUUUUUUCCGAAAGAAAAGAAGCUAAUUAAUAAGCAGGCCGGGCGGCGAAAGAAAGAAAAAAUGGUGGUGGAAAGAUGGUGCGGCGGCAUCAUUUACAUACUCCCGGUGAUGGGUAUAAUUACAUCAUCAGCAUCCCUUGCUGCCCCCGCCGUGUCUUGGUCGGCGGCGGCGUCUCUUCCCGGUCAGCACCCCAAUCCUGAGGCUGUGGUUCAACAUUUUCAGAGCAAAGUUAACGCUUCACUCUCCACACACAUGUCCCGGAGGAGGAGAUUGUUGUUAUCAGGGGGCAGCCAGUCUUUAUCCUGUUUGACGGGCAACCCCAUUGACGAUUGCUGGCGGUGCAACUCCAACUGGCAACUGAACCGCCAGAGAUUAGCAGAUUGUGGCAUUGGGUUCGGACAGUACGCCUUAGGUGGCAAAGGAGGCCGUUAUUAUGUGGUGACAGACUCAUCUGACUCCGACCCAGUCACCCCACGUCCCGGCACACUUAGACACGCAGUCAUCCAGGAGGAGCCGCUAUGGAUUGUGUUCGCGGCAAAUAUGGGCAUCCACCUCUCUCAAGAGCUCAUCUUCAACUCGUACAAGACCGUUGACGGGCGUGGAGCUGAUAUCCACAUCAACGGCGGUGGCUGCAUAACGUUGCAGUACAUCUCAAACGUCAUCAUCCACAACAUCCACGUGUACGGAUGUUACGAGUCGGGUGAGGCAAAUGUGCGGUCAAGCCCAACACACUAUGGGUGGAGAAGCAGAUCAGAUGGAGAUGGGAUUUCCAUCUUUGGGGCGAGGGACAUAUGGAUCGACCACUGCUCAUUGUCUAGGUGCAAGGAUGGCCUAAUUGACGUGGUGAUGGGAUCAACGGGGAUCACGAUAUCAAACAACCAUUUUUCAUCUCAUAAUGAGGUGAUGUUGUUGGGCCAUAGUGACAAAUAUGCCCCAGAUUCGGGGAUGCAAGUGACCAUUGCUUUCAAUCACUUUGGGCACAAUCUCGUGCAAAGGAUGCCUAGGUGUCGGAGAGGAUUCAUUCACAUCGUCAACAAUGAUUUCACGAGGUGGGAAAUGUAUGCUAUUGGGGGAAGCGGUAAUCCUACUAUAAACAGCCAAGGCAAUCGUUACAUGGCGCCCUUUGACCGUAACGCCAAAGAGAUAACAAAGAGAGUAGAGACAAGAGAGGAGUGGUCAGAAUGGAAUUGGAGGAGCGAGGGGGACAUAAUGCUAAACGGGGCCUUCUUUGUGGAGUCAGGUGACACUGUGGAAGUCAAAUAUGAGAAGGCCUACAGUGUGGAGCCCAAAACUGUGAAUUUCAUCGACCAGCUCACCAUGAAUGCUGGUGUCCUUGUUGGCAGCAGCAGGGGCAAAAUGGGCAAAUGGAUUGCUUCUACAGGGAACGCUAGCAUUGAUGAUGGAGAAACUGAGUUGGUGGCGGAUUCAGGAGAUGAGGAUUAUCCCGGCGGCGGAAGCUACAGACUGGUUGACUUUAACCCCAUCAUCUUGUAUUUCUUGACUGCCAUGUUAACCCUAGCUACGUUAAUGCCCUAGCCCCCCAGCACCAUGUAAUCAUCUUUGAUAACCAGUUCUUUAGGACUUGAGAGGGAAGCCAAAAGACAAAAAAAAUAUAUGAAGGGCUCUCUCUCUCUCCCUUUUGCAAUCCAGUCAGGAUUUGAAAAUGUCAAACUAGUCAUGGACUGAACCGGGCCCGGUUCCCGGUAAAAAAAAAAACUGUGAGAACCGGGACCGGCCUGGUAGUUGACUGGUGCCAG